GGAGGCCAACAGCGAGGCCCUCAAGACCCCGUUCUGAUUCCCUUCUGCUCCGCCCCGUGAUGGCAACUUCCAUGCUCUUCUCCCACCUCCGUCGCUCUCGCGCCUCCUCCCUCCUUCCCACUCUCUCCGCCGCGAGUCUCUCUCACUUCCUCCCCAACCCUCACCCUAACCCAAUCCCUCUCUUCCUACCUCCUCACCCCUCUCACACUCGCAAGCCUCUCGCUUUUCUCCACCUCUUGCUCUCCCGUCCUUUUUCCUCUCGUUCAGCCGACGCCGAUCACUCCGAGUUCGGCCGAAUCGCUGGUGAUUCGGCCGCCGAUCCCGCGACCGAGUUGGAGCUUAUAAAUGUAGGGCUUGGUGGUGAAGUUGCGCAGGGACUGCCCGAUGUUACUGUCGACGAUUCCAUUCUUCCGGUUCGUGCCAUGAUUUCGAUGCUCGAUGGCUUCCACGACCUCACUGGACUGCCCUGGUGGAUAGUUAUUGCUUCCUCCACUCUGGCUCUUAGAGUUGCACUGCUCCCAGUACUAAUAUUGCAACUUAACAAGUUGAAAAAGAUUGGAGAUUUAUUCCCUAAAUUGCCUCCUCCAUUGCCACCACCUAUGUCAGGAAGGAGUUAUAUUGAUCAAAUUUCACUAUUCCGGAAGGAAAGAAGAGCAAUUGGAUGCCCCUCAUUUUUAUGGUUCCUUUCAUACUUCUCCAUCCAGGUACCAUGCUUUUUCUUGUGGAUGACUAGUGUUCGGAGAAUGUCACUGGAUCAUCAUCCUGGUUUUGAUUGUGGUGGUGCUUUAUGGUUCCAGAAUUUGACUGAAUUCCCACAUGGUAUUUCAGGCCCCAUCUUUCCUUUAUUGAUAGCUGGCUUGCACUAUGCUAAUGUUCAGGUUUCUUUUGGGGCAACUUCAGUUGGAAAAAUGACUGGCGUCUUUGGCUUAUUAGCAAAAUACUACAAAUUCUACUUGGAGUUUUUGACUCUGCCUCUAUUUUUUAUUGGUUACUGCAUUCCUCAGGGAAGUCUAGUCUAUUGGCUUACCAAUAGUUCGUUAACCAUCAUUCAGCAAUUAUCUCUCAGACAUCCUGCUGUUCGUGCAAAAUUGGGGUUACCAGACAAAGGUGCUCCAACUGCAGCUGGGAAUUCUGGAGAAACUGCUGCUCCUGGAAUAACAUCCACCGACUCCCCCACAAAGCAGCGCCAAAUUUCUGUGAAGAACUUACAUCCUAAAGAAUUGCUCGCUCUCUCAGUCCAGCUCUUAUCAAAUGGGAAAAAAGAAAGAGCGAUUCCUUUGCUACGAUUGGCACUAGACAAGGAUCCUGAAUACGUCAGAGCUUUGAUCGUUAUGGGGCAGACUCUAUUGCAGAAUGGGCAGCCUGCAGAAGCUACUGAAUACUUAGAGCGUGCUAUUUCCAAGCUGUUCCUUGCUGGUGAUCCAACAGAGGCCGAGUAUGCUGAACUUUUAAUUCUUUCAUCUCAGUGGGCUGGUGUCGCUUGUUUACGGCAGGGGAAGAGUGCAGAAGGAAUGGUGCACCUGGAAAGAGUUGGAAGGUUGAAAGAGCCAGAGGAAGCAAGGAUCAAAGCCCAUUAUUUUGAUGGUAUUGUAUUGCUUGCAAGUGCAUUAUACAACGAAGGAAGAAAAGCUGAAGCUGCAAACUAUCUACGCAUGGCUGCAGCUUAUAAUCCUGCUUACAACGAAUACUUGGAGCAGUGUGAAAAUGAUGAGGACAAUUUUGUCAGUGAUCUUACCAGCAGUAGGAGAAAAGAUUAUUGAAUUUCAAUUUUUGUAUGAGAUAAUUUAUCAUUGAUUUGUAUAUUUGAUAGAAUAAACCAUAAGCUCUGGCAGUGCUCUACUUUGAUGUGUUUUGAUUUAAAUCAUGUGAGCAUCGAUUUUGCAAAAAAUAGUCUAAUAGGUUCUCUAUUACACUAUUACUUCCCUAAACAUUGUAAAUGCUAGUGUUGUUCAUUGGUACCA